AAAGGUAAAGCAAUUAUAUAGCUUCUUCAACUUUUGAAUAGGACAAGAGUGGUGGUUUACGUUUGUUUAGGAGAUGGUGGAAUGGCUUUGUUGAAGAUGAGUCAUGGAACAUAGUCUCCAGUGAUGUUAGUGAGCUUGAGCGACUUAUAGAAGUUUUAGAAGAAAAUGAAGAUGUUAAACUAGAGGAUUUGCCUGUACAGAAAUGUUUUGACGUCUCAUCAGAUAGAGCAGUAACUCCUACAAGGGAUCUUUGUACUGGUGCAGAUGAUGCUGCCAACAUGGUGUAUUUCUCUAGUAUAAAGAACUCACCAUUAUUUUGUAAACGUCCUGUGAGGAGAACAAAGUCUCAGAUACUACGUGAUGAGAGGAAACAUAAUCUACGACAUUGUGAUGUUAGGAUACAAAGACUUAGUGAGAAACACUUAAACACAUACAGAAAACAUCACUCUCCACCUCCAAUACAAGAUCAUCUAUCUGGUAAUGAGACUGCAGUGAACACUCCUGAAAAUAAGCCUUCCCAAGAAGAUAACAAAAGUGAAGUAAAUCAUUCAAAUAUUACCUCAAACAUUGUAGAAAGUUCCACUCUAGAUAAAGGAAAUUGUGAUGGAUCUGAAAAUGAUACAAGCGUGAAAGAGAAGCCUUGCAGUGAUAAAACCAAAGAUAAGAAAUGUUUGAAAACAUGUAAUCAAGUGAGUGAAAACAUUGAUGUAAACAAGGAGGCAAAUGAUUUAAAUAAAGAUCAAUUAAAUGAUAAUGAGAAAGACACAACUGAGAAUAAAGCAGGAGAUGCAGAGAAUAAAUUUAUUCCAUUGAUGAAUUGUAAAGGAGAUGCCUGUUCACAGCAAGAAAAUAUUGCAGACAUUAAAGAAGAGAGUGAGACAUGUAUGAAAACCAGUACAGUGUAUCAAACAGAUUCUGAAAAACAGAUCGCUGAAUAUGACAAUGACAAAAAUAUAUUUGACAAUGCUAUUCAGGAUCUAUUACUACUAGAUUGCAAUAGAGUUAAUAGUGAAAAGUUAAAAGUCACUGAAGCUUUGUUAAAUGGGACCAAAGGCGAAAAUGAUGUUACAAACGAAAAACAAACAUGCUUUAAUGAACCUAAAGCAGAUGAUAAGCAAGAGGAGAAAGGGUUGUAUGGAGUUGAUAGUGAUCCUUGUCUAGAUACAGAUCAACGAGAUGUUGACAAUGCUUUAAAAGAUCUGAUGAAACUUGAGUCACUGGUUAGUUCAAAUGAUCUCAAUCUGUCCAAUAAGGAUGGUAAUAAAACUAUGUCAGUGUCUUCUGAAGAUAAGGAGCCUGUCUCUUUGGUUGUAAAGAACAGUACAAAACUUGAUGCUGCUGAUGAUAAAUCAUCAGCCAUCUCGUGUGAUGAAACUUUUUCUUGUCGGAAUGCUGAAACUAAAAAUAAAGAAAAGAAAAUAGACCUUGACAGUCUUAAUAAUGAUAGAAAUGUGGAAUCUUUAAAUAAACACACCAAUACUGUUAAUAAAGAGCAAAACAUGAAAGAGGGUUGUACAAAGAAGGAUGAAAAAAAAUCUGUAUCAAUGAUAGUUGGAGAAGAAAUUAUUCAGAUAGAGGAAGCAUCCACUGACUCUGAUGAGGAAAGUGAAGUAAACAUUGGAAAAAUUACAGGUACACAAACAAAUCAAGAAACAGUAAAAAAUAGUAAAGUUUUUAAAGAAGAUAGUAAUAAUGAAAAAUCAGGGAAAGUUUUGAAUGAGCAUAAUAGCAAACCUUCAGGAAAUAUUAAGAACUUGUGUUAUGAUACUUCAUUAGUAAAACCAGAUAUAAAACUGCUUGUCAUGGACAGUAAAAAGGGAAAAGAAAGUGUAAAGCCAGUUGUAUUAAGUGCAAUAAAUACAUCAGGACAAAAUGCUGUUUUUUUACCUGUAGGAAGUGAUUCUCAGAAAAAAAUUAGAGUUAAUGGCACUGCAGAGAUACCAGCAGGAAAUUUUCAAACUAAAGUGUCAUCAGUGGCCAACAUAACAACAUUCUUAGUUCCAUUAAUGACAAAGUGCUCUUUACCGUCUGUAAUGCUCAAUACUUCGUCUAGUAAUCAGCCUCAGUCACAAACUUUAAAGUCUUUACUUACUCAUCAAGUGGUGUCCUCACCAAGUGGCUCCAAUCCAUUAAUUGGCAAUCCUUCAGGUGUUAGGAUGAUUCUACAAAACAAAGUAUUUUCAGGUCCAAUUUCAUUUCCUUGUGUAUCUAGCACAGCUCCUACAAUUAUUUAUGCACCAACAUUACUUUAUAAACCCACACCAGUCAGUGUUCCUGUUGUCACUUCACAAAAACAGUCAAGUAUACUGUCUAGUCAUAUUGUGCAGGGUCAGCAAAGUUCUAAAAUGUAUACACAUGUAACAAAUUGUGGUAAAAUACUUGAAAAUUUAAUAAAAGCUCCAAUUGUUGGAAAUAGUGGCGGCAAUAUUCCGAAAGUUGUACAUGAAAGUGGUGUUAGAGGAAAUGAGCCAAGUGUUUCUGUUCAGAAUGUUACAAUAGUUGUAGGAAAGGAUGGAGUUCAUUAUGAUAAGUCAACAGGUAAACCCUACAAAUACCCAGAUAAGAAAAAGUAUGUGGUUGCUGGGCCUAAAGGAAAGUUUUAUGAUAAAGCAACAGGUUAUGAAGUUGAUGUUCCACAAUCUGAGAACCUGAAGCAUGUACCAGGCACAGUGUAUUUAGCAUCAGAGGUGUCCUUUACUAAAGAAGUACAAGAGUUUUUAAAAAAGAAAAGGAAGAAAGAAGGUACUUCAAAGAAAUGUAAAAAAAGUAAAAAUGUGAGUAAAGAAGUUACAUCUUCUGACGAGGAGUUUGCUAAGAUGUUGGAAACUGAAAUGGCGAAAACCAGUGAGGAAGAGUCCGACGAUAUUGACUAUGAUUAUGAGAAACUCUCACAGCGUGUAAGGAUGGCUAGAAGUAAGAAGUUACCUGUAAGGCAGCAGCAUGGAACAAUGGACAUUGAAGACCAAGAAAGUGAAGAAAGCGAUUCUGAAAUGGUGCCACUAGUCCUAGGUAGAAAUGCUAAAAGAGCUGCAGCCAAAAAAUUGACAGAUUACACAGCUGACAUUAUAAUCUCCAGUGACGAGGAAGAGACAUAUAAUGAUGAUAGCUCGGAGACGUGUACUGUGUGCAGUAAUAAAGAUAAUACUUCUAUU